AUGAUAGGUUUUAUAGGACAAAUAAGAAAAGAGGUGAUGGGUUUUGGAAUUGGAAAGAUUAAACUAAUAGGAUGCAUAACAAACAAAAGAUAUUCAACAAAAAUAACGACAGAUAUAGAAAAUAAUAUAAUAAAAAAACUAGUUAACAUGGAUAGUAAAAAUAUAAGUUAUGGGAUUAAAAAAUGUGUAAAAAAUUGUUUUAUUAAUAAAAAAAUGUUUAAUAUAUACACAGAUUUAGUAAAAAAACAUUCAAACAAUUUUGAAUUCCAAGAUGUUGUCCUCAUUUUACAAGCUUAUGCUUUAUGUAAGGAAAGAAAUUUCCAAGUAUAUUCUAUUUUGUCAAAUAGAACAUUAUAUAUAUUUAAAGAAAAUAAAAUAGAAUAUAAUAAAUUAACUUAUGAUAAUAUUUAUAGAUACAUUUUGGCUAGUAAUAAUUUAAAUUAUACAGAUUAUGAACUAAUGACAAUAUUUUUAAAAAUAAUAAAAAAUAAUUUAAAUAUAUUUGGUAUGAAAAAAAUUAGUAAUAUAUUACAUGCAUUAGUAAAAUUAAAAAUAAUCGAUGAUGAAUUAUUAGAUUUAUGUAAUUUUUAUAUUUUAGAACAUUUUGAUGAAAUGAAAUAUAAUUAUAUUAAUCAUAUAUUUUCUGCUUAUUCAAAAAAAACAAGUAUAGCAUAUUCAGAAUUAUAUUAUAAGUUAAUAAAACAUGUUUAUGAAAAUAUAAAAUUGAUGGACUCUAUUUCUAUAUAUAAUACAUUGAUACAAAUAAAAAACAUUUUGGCUGUUUUAAAACGUGAUAAAAUUUAUCAGUCAUAUUUCGUUAAUGAUAAUUAUGUAUAUGAUUUUGAUAAAAAUAUUCCUUCAAAAAUAGAUAGAAUAAAAGACAUAGAAAUAAAAGGAGACAUAUCAGAGUUGGAAAAGUUGAAUAAUAAAAUCGAUACACACACAAACGAUAUUGAAUAUUCGAAUAAUGUUUUAUCCAAAGAAGAUAAUAAAAAAAAAAAGGAAGAAAAAAUUGAUGAUUUUUGUUAUAUAAACACUGAAACAAAAAAAGGGGAAGAAGAAAAAAAAAAUAAUAAUUGUGAAGAUUAUAAUAAAAAAAUAUUAAAUAACGUUGUUCCUCUUUUAUUUUAUAAAGUAAAUAGUUGUUUAGCCUUUUUAUCAUUAAAUCAAUUAAUAAAAUUAUUAUGUGCAUAUAAAGAAUUAAAUUAUUUUAAUUAUUUAUAUAUUUAUAAAAGAUUGUUGCAUUUUUUAUUAUCAAAAGUAAAAACAAGUAAAAUAAAUUUAAAAGAACGUAUAUUAAUUUUGGAAUUUUUUAUUGUUCUUCCAUAUGUCGAUAAUAAUAUGGAAGAAAUUAUAAAUUUAGUUAUUGACAACAUUGAAAAUAUUCUUGUAUUUGAUUAUUUUUAUUUAUGCCGUCUAUUGGUGUGUUGUAAACAUUUACAAAUCCAUAGUGAUAACAUAUUGUCAAAGAUAGAUUUGUUAGUAUUUAAAAAUAAAAAAAAAUUUGAAAAUUAUACUAAUUUAAAUGACCUACAAUUAUUUUUGCAAUUUUAUAAUAAAAAUUACCAAGAAUGGGAAGAAAUGAUUAAAUUUUUAAACUCGAUAGUUGAAGAAAAAAAAAAUACAAAUAAAAUUGAAGAAGAAAAUAAUAUAAAUUCAAAUAUACCAUCCUUGCCAAUAAACAAUGAAAUACAAAAAGUAAUAACAUAUAAAUAUAAUAAAAUUGAAAAACGUUUUAAUGAAAAUACAGUAAAUAUUGUUGAUCAUACUAAAUCAUUAGUGAGCCAAGAAAAGGAAAUUUCCACCAACAAUCCUUCUGACGAUAACUCUCCAAAAAAUAAGAAUGAUAUCAGUAAAAAUAUAUCACAAUAUUUAUAUUUUAACUUAAUAAAUGAAAAAAAAUAG